UCCGCGUCCGACCGGGGCCCCGGUGACCCCGGCGCGGACCGGCUCAGGGCCACGGCGGCGUGCGCACGAACCGGCUCCGGAGCCGGGUGCGGGGAAGGCGCGAGAGGACGGCCCUGCCGCGCAGGCGCCGAUUCCUGUUCAGGAAGGGCCGCUGGUUGCUGCAGUGUUGGAGUGUACCUGAGCCGUGUGCUCCUGGGAAGAUCCCCCCCUUCUCGGGUUCCGGGAAACAGCUGGCUGCAAAGAACCCCCUUCUCACAUGAUGCCCUUGUUUACCUGUGUGACAAGGCCAUAGGUGUCCCCUCAUGAAGGAAGUCACAUCCCUGUGUGACCCUGCUGUGAGCCCGUGGAGUCCUUGGCCCUGAUCCAAUAUCCGGCUGGUGUAAGUGACCUGGUGUAAGCGGUGGAGACAUUGGAAGUGGCUGAUAUUGGAGUAGAGAGCCAGCACCCCAGGCCAUUGCCCAUUCCCUGUCCUGCCUAGAAGUGAGUGGCGUUUUAUUCUGUAGUACCUGUGCCAGUGGUUUCAUCUAAGUGCCCCCGGGAAAAGGUGCUGCAGGGCCAUGGCCCUCAGGAGCACGAAAACUCAUGUGAAAUAAGAAAGAAGAGGCCUCAGGACUCGGGGUGCAUUCCCAGUCCACAGACCUUUGCCCAGAGACCUUUUUCCAGAGCAUCAGGACAGAGCAGAGCAGAUUUCCCAGGAACGGGGGAGAAUGAUCAAGUCACAGAUGUCAUUUGAGGACGUGGCUGUGGACUUCACCUUGGAGGAGUGGCAGCUGCUUAAUCCUACUCAGAAGACCUUGUACAGGGAUGUGAUGUUGGAGAACUAUAGCAAUCUAGUUUUCUUGGGUUAUCAAAUGAUCAAACCUGAGGCGAUUUUCAAACUGGAGCAAGAAGAGCCAUGGAUAUUAGGUGAAGAAAUCCUAAGUCAGAACUUUCCAGAAGAAGUCUGGCUAGAUAAUAAUCUCAAAAUGUGGCACCAGGAUAAUCAAGACAAGCUUAAAAGUAUGGAGAGAGGCCAUGAAUAUGACGUCUUUGGGAAAAUGUUUCAUUCAGGCAUUAACUUUGAUCAUUUAGGAAUGAGAUCCCAUAAAUGUGGCACAGGUGAAAAAAGUCUGAAACAUCCUUUUGAUUUUCUUAUUACAAAAAGUAACUGUGAAAGAAAAAAACUUGAUGAGCUUAAUAAGAAAUUACUAUUCUGUAUCAAGCCUGACAAAACCUGUGGUGGAAUAAAAUACUCUGAUUGCAGUAAAUGUAGAAAAGUCAGCAGUAAAGAGCCAGGGCUCAUUACAAACCAAAUAGCACAUACAGGAGUCUGUUUAUGCAUGGAAUGUGGUAAGGUUUUUAACAAAAAGUCACAGCUCAUUAUACAUCAGAGAACUCAUACAGGAGAGAAGCCCUACGGAUGCCGUGACUGUGGGAAAGCUUUCUCCCAGAAGUCAUUACUCACUAUUCAUCAAAGGACUCAUUCAGGAGAAAAGCCAUACGGGUGUGGUGAAUGUCAAAAAGCUUUCAGCAGGAAGUCACUGCUCGUUUUACAUCAGAGAACUCAUACGGGAGAGAAGCCCUAUGGCUGCAGUGACUGUGGGAAGUCCUUUAGCAGGAAGUCACAGCUUCAAAGGCAUCAGAGAACCCACACAGUAGAGAAGCCCUAUGGCUGCAAUGACUGUGGGAAGGCCUUCUCCCAGAAAAUAAGGCUCAUUACACAUCAGAGGACACACACAGGGGAGAAGCCCUACAAAUGUAGUGAUUGUGGAAAAGCCUUCUUUUGGAAGUCACAGCUUAUUACUCAUCAGAGGGUUCAUACAGGAAAGAAACCGUAUGCAUGUAGUGAGUGUAAAAAAGCCUUCAGCAGGAACUCACUCCUCAUUAGGCAUCAGAGGAUCCACACAGGAGAGAAGCCCUAUGAAUGCAGUGAAUGUGGUGAAGCCUUCAUCAGAAAACCGCAACUUGUCAAACAUCAAAUGACUCACACAGGAGAGAAAAACUAUCAGUGCAGGAACUGUGAAGAAGCCUUCUUUAAGAAGUCAGAACUAAUUAGACAUCAGAAAGCUCAUUUAGGAGAAAAACCCUAUGGAUGUGUUGAAUGUGGAAAAACCUUCUUUGGGAAGUCACAGCUCCUGACACAUCAGAGAACUCACACUGGAGAGAAACCUUACGAAUGCAGUGCCUGUGGGAAAGCCUUCACCCAGAAGUCCAGCCUGGUAUCUCAUCAGAGGACACACACAGGGGAGAAACCCUAUGAGUGCAGCGAGUGUGGGAAAGCCUUCAGUGAGAAGUCAAGCCUCAUUCACCAUCAAAGAACCCACACUGGAGAGAAACCCUUCGAAUGUAGUGAGUGUAGGAAAGCUUUUGCCUGGAAGCCACAGCUUCUUAGGCAUCAGAGAAUUCAUACAGGGGAGAAACCCUAUGAAUGCAGUGAGUGUGGGAAGGCAUUUGUUCAGAAAGUACAGCUCAUUAAGCAUCAGAGAAAUCAUACAGGAGAGAAGACCUAUGGAUGCAGUGAUUGUACAAAAGCUUUCUUUGAGAAGGCGCAGCUCAUUAUACAUCAGAGGAUUCAUACAGGAGAGAGACCCUAUAAAUGUGGGGAUUGUGGGAAAUCUUUCACUAGAAAGUCGCACCUUAUGAGGCAUCAGAGGAUCCAUACAGGAGAUAAAUGCUAUAGAUGCAGUGAAUGUGGGACAGCCUUCCACAGGAAGGCACAGCUCCUGAUACAUCAGAGAAGUCAUAUGCUGUAGACACGGGGCGAGUGCGGUGAGUAUGGGGAGUCUGCCAUCAGGUGUCAGGCCCCUCACACUCCAAGGACAUGUACAGGAGAGAAACCCUGUCACUGCAGUGACUGUCUCACCAUACAGAAUUCAGAAAGAGAACUUUUCUUAAGUAGGCAAUAUAGGAAAGCCUUCUCCCAGAAAAAACUUAUUACAUAUUGAUGGCUCCUCAGUGUGGAAGUCUUAUCAGUAUUGUGAUAAGUACAGAUCUUUCCAUCAAAAGUGACAGCCUAUUAAAUAUUUAGAAGACCUAAACAGGAGAAAAACUCAAUUGUCAUAACAAGUGAAAGAUUUCACCGGGAAAGGGUAACUCAGAGUACACUAGAGAAUACAUACACAAAGGAAAUACUGAGUAUUAUAUAUUAGAAAUCUCAUGCAGAGGAGUAGUCCUAAUAAUUUGAAGAAUUUGAUAAGCAUGAUCCUAUUAAAAUAAUUCUAAAAGAAAGAUGUGUACAUUGUAUAUAAAUUAUUAUAAGAAAAUAGGCAUUUUAAAGUGGUAGCUGUGUUUUAUGUGUGAAGACUUCUGCUUUCUGCUAUGGUGCUAUAGGAAGAACCAGAUAAACUCUCCUGCCUUAAGCAGCUAGAAACUGUACCAUUUAUGAAAUAGUGGUUUUUAGACAUAUGUCAAACACAGGUUUGUGAUCCCUGGCAGGAGGUGGACAAGGUGAGGAGAGCCCCACGACUGCCCAGCCUAGACCCUGGGGGCAGCGUCCAGGCUGCAGGUCAGGGAGGGGAAUGAACGUGGUCCUGCUGGACUGAAGAGAGUUGCUGAGUUGGCGUCUGGGGAGCCCUGGUGGCUAGAAUUUGCAGGGAAAAGUGCUGGAUAGGAAGGAGCUUCCCAGAGAGGGCCUGCAGAAAUCCACAGUGAGUCCCCCUUUGAGUCUGUGGGCUUUAGCGCUGAAGCUGAGACCAUGAGAGCGGCACUGGGGAGCAAUGAGCUGGGCGAGCCCUGGAGCUCAGCGCAGGUGGGGACAGUUCACGUUCCCACCAGCCACACAAAAGCACGUGGGCAUCAAGAGAGUUCCCAGAACAAUACUGUCUUGGUGGGGAGGGUAACUAACCCUAGAUUAAAAGCUACUACUCUACCCACCGUGACUGACGUCCAAACACUUACCUGGCAUGCCAAGGGGCAGGAACAUAUGACUUGUAACCAGGAGGGAAAUCAGGCAGUAGAAAGAGAAAUGACUGAAGUGAUUGGAAUUAGUAGACAAGGAUGUUCAAAUAGCUGUUGUAAGUAUAAAGUAGAGGAAAACAUGAAUUUGACGACACAUGAGUGAGUGGAAGAUAUAUUUUUAAAAGCUCAAAUGGAACUUCUCAGGAUGAAAACAACAUCUGUAAAUUAAAAAAAAACUGGAUGGAAUUAAGAACGUAUUAGACAUAGAAGAAGGAAAACAAUCAAUGAAUUUGAACAGUAAGUAUAAAAAUUAUCCAGAUGAAUGAUACACACAGAGAGAAAAAGACUGGGGGGAAAGGAGAACAGGGAAUUAGUUACUGUGGCGUAACACACAUGGAAUGGGAGGUCCAGAAAGAGAGGAGGGAGAAAAAGGAUUUGGAUAAACGAUGGCUGAAAAAUAUCCACAUAUGAUGAAAAGUAUAACUCCACAUAUUCAAUAAGCUCAAAGAACCCAACACGUAAGAAACAUAAAGUUGCCAAUGGACAUCAUCUUCAAAUUGAUGAAAACCAGUGUUAAAGAGAACGAUUGUAAAAAGCCUGGAGAAAAAGAUACAACACGUUCACAGAACAAAGAAUAACAACAACUUUUGGUCAGAGGGCUUCUCUGGUGGCGCAGUGGUUGCGCGUCCGCCUGCCGAUGCAGGGGAACCGGGUUCGCGCCCCGGUCUGGGAGGAUCCCACAUGCCGCGGAGCGGCUGGGCCCGUGAGCCAUGGCCGCUGAGGCUGCGCGUCCGGAGCCUGUGCUCCCCAACGGGAGAGGCCGCAGCAGAGGGAGGCCCGCAUACCACAAAAAAAAAAAAAAAAAAAAAAGCACAAAACUUUUGGUCAGAAACUAUGCAAACUAGAAGACAGCAGAGUGACAUCAUUAAAUUAUGAAAGAUAAAAAAGAAACCCCUGCAACCUGGAGUUCGGUUGCCUGUCAAAAACAUCUUCCAAAAGUGAAAACAAAAAAGACUUCAAGGAAACAAAAUCAGAGAGAGUUCCUGCCGUAAGGAAACAUUGAAGGAAGUUUGGGGUCAGCAAGAAAAGAACACUCUGAAAAUGGUGAAUGUGUGGGUGAAUAUGAAAGAUUUUUUUCCUCAUUUUAAAAUCUUUCAAAAAGUUAAUGGACUGCUUAAAACCAAAGUAAUGACAACAUACUUGGGGUUAUGAUCUAUUUAGAAGUAAAGUGUACGACUACAAUAGCACUUAAGUGUGAAUCUUUAAAAAUAGUUGAACAGACUGUGUCGUCUGAGACAGGGGCUCGGGAUGACUUGUGUUUGUAGCAACUGCACGAUGGAAGCUGUCUGUGUUAUGGAUCUGUGCACGUCUCCACACCCAUUGUCCUUUUUCUGCUCUGCAUGCCCAGAGGAAGUGCACGACUGCUUCCUAGGGUUUCUGCUCAGGUUCACACAGGGAGGUAUGUGUCAGCCCUCCCUCCCUCCUGCUGGUCUACAGACACCCAGAUGGCUGCAGCUCCCUGCUUGUCAGAUGUGAGGAUGUUAACUGCUUCUGGGGGCUUCACCAUCCCUGGUUGGUUUUCUUAAUUGUGAACACAAAUCUGUAAAUAGUCCCUUUAUUAAAUGUUCCUGAGUUAAUAAUUUGAGUGUAACAUUUGUUUUCUGUGACGUGUUAAAAGAUGAAUGUUUGACCAAAUUUUGAGUAUCAGUUACUGGUCCACGGGGCAUAGAGUGACAUCUGUCAAGAUUUCUCACACUCAACAUCAGUGUUUUCUCUUUGUGUUUUAAUAAUUCAGUAGAAAUUAUAACAGAGUUCUUUGCGUUUUUUGUUUUGUUUUGCUGCAAACAUAAAUGGCUCUGGAGAUCAUUACCAUCUGUUCCAUAUGCCGGUGGUUUUGCAGUUAUUACUAGACUUUCUUCACUGAUAGAAACCAAAAUGUUUAUGAGGUCUUUAUGCUGCCUCUGGGUUAGCUGAACGCCUUACAAGAAAGCGUUGUUAUUUAUGCUAAAUGUGUACAGACGAGAAAAAGGUAGCCCAUUACUGAGUGAAGAAAGAAAGGAAUGAUGUACUGUACUUCCCUGUACUCUCAGUUUAAAAACUUGUGCUGCGCCAUUAAAAUACUCUUAUUCAAUAUUCUGCUGUUUUUAUUAUAAUUCACAUAGUCUGUCACCCGUAGACAAGAUUUCCCAUCUCAGGAGUCAGAAUCACCCCAGAGAAGCUCUUCAAAGGCUCCACACCAGUUCCCAUCACAAACACCAUGCCAAAUUGAAUAUCAGCUUUUCUAAGAUUAAAACAGAGGUGCUUCAGGUAUAACCUCAUGAAGCCUAGUAAAUUAGGUGGAAGUAGACUGUUAGGCCCGGUGUGGAGCACACUCCCCUGUCAUUUAUCAGACAUCCUCUCUCACCCAGUCUUUCUCUCCUGCUGACACGCAAACCUCAUUUGAAGGGAAAUAAUUGCCAUCAGGCUACACAGCGGUAUUUUUGCUAACAGUUGGAUUUGCAUUUCAAUCUGCAUUUUGAAGAAGCU